CGCCCCUCGGAUCCACGUGGUCGACCGCGGCCUUCCGCAGCACCGCUGCUGAAGCUGCGUGUUGCACUGGCUGCGGGAUGGAGGGGACCCAGUCGGGCGGUGCUGCUCGGUUCUCCUGUCCCCCUAACUUUACCGCGAUCCGCUCGGCCUCAGAACCCUCUGGUCUCUCCCUGGAGACGCUGACAGGCCCGGAUACAGAGCUGUGGCUGAUCCAGGCCCCUGCAGACUUCAUCCCAGACUGCCUCAAUGGGCGGCUGGUGCCCCUCUGCGGCUCCCACAUCGUGAAGGGCAAAUUGGCGGGCAAGCGGCACCGCUACCAAGUCCUGGGCAGUAGUGACCGCGAGGCGGGAGAAGCCACCCUGCUGGCUCCCUCAGCACAAGCAGGAGGUGGACUCACCUGUGGCCCUGCCCCCCAGGGCAGCCUAAGGAUCAUUGAGGGUCCCCAAGAACCCCUGUCAGGGGUUCCUCUGCAGCCCAUUCCAAGAAGCCCCCCACCCCAGAUUCCUCCUGGCCUGAGGCCUCGUUUCUGUGCCUUUGGAGGCAGCCCACCGGUCACAGGACUCGGGUCACCCAUGGCUCCAUCACCCUCCUCGGGGAAGAGGAAAAAGAGGCAGAUACCAGAGAGCUCCACCACACAAGGGGCAGUGGAUGGGCGUGGAGCCCCGGAGGUAGAGACAGAAAUGGACAUGGGGAAGAAGAAGAAGAAGAAAAAAAAGCACCAUCUGGAAGAACCAGGGCUGAAGGAGCCCAAGGCUGAGGUGUCAGAGCCUCUGGGAGUUUUGGUCCCACCCACCUCCAAGAAGCAGAAGAGGCAGCCCAAAGGGGCAGAAACGGUGGAGCCAACGGAAAAGAAGGCAGAGCUAGGACCUGUAGUCAAACCCGAAUCUCCUGGAGACACGGUUCUCUUCCCCACCAAGAAGAGACAGAAGCAGGAGACAGAAGGGAUGGAGCCAGCAGAGGGGUUGACAGAGGAGCUCCGAGAGGAAGCCACCCUACUGCCGCCCGGAAAGAAGAAGAAGAAGAAGAAGAAAGAAAAGAGGCCAGAGGUGACCAUGGAGCCAGGGACUGAGGCUGCGGAGCCCGAGGUGCGACCUCUGGUGCCCCACGGGCAGAUAAUGGAGCCAGAACUGCCAGAGGAAGUUGUUGAGCCUCAGGCUGAGGCAGCCCUGGUGUCCACCAAGAAGAGGAAGAAGGAAGAAAAGUGGCAAAAUGUGAUGCCAGGGCCAGCGCCAGAGGUGGUGGAGGCUGAGCUGCCAGGUGACCUGGAACCUCCGGCAGCUCUAGUGUCCACUAGGAAGAAGAAGGACAGGGGGCACAAAGCAGGGGAGCCCAGGACUGGGACGAGCGAGCCCUCGAGGGAGAUGGAGGAGCCUGAGCCGCCAGGUGACGGGGAGCCCCACCCUGGGGCAACUCUGGGAUCCACCAAGAAGAAAAGGAAGCGGGGUCAGGAAAACAGGGUGCCAGAAACGGCACCCCUAGAGGAGUUGCCCGAACUGCCACUGAAUCUGGAGUCUGAGGAGGUGGAUCCCACAGAAAGAAAGAAGCGUAAGAGGAAGCCACAGGUGGAUCCUAUGGGACACUGAGGAGCCACAAAAGGCUGAUGGCCGGCCACCUGGGCCAUUGGAAGGUGACACAGAAGCCCACACCUCCUGCACACACCCUCCAGCCCCAGCCAGAGACUGCACCAGCACUCAGCCAGAGCCUGGGC